AUGCAAACUUCGGUUAAUACAAUUGAAAAGGCAAAUGUGUUAAGAAAGGAAUUUUUAGAAAUCGAAAUAAAUCAUGAUGAAUUGUUAUCGAUAGAAUAAUUUUAUAGAUGUCUAGAUAAGAAAGUAUAAACUGCAUCAAAAUUUAGUUAAGAAGAUAAUUUGAUAGAGAAUUAGGAGAUCAAUUAUAUUAAAGAAUGAACAAAACUUUUAAUAACAAAAUAACUAUUGAUGAAUUUAUUAAAGUGUUUCUCUAAGCAGAGGAGAUUUUAAAGAAUAAAAUUGAAAGUUGUAAAAAGCAGAUUUUAGAUUAUAAUAAAUAAAGAAAAUAUGUAUCAAAUCAAUUUGAUGUAUGAAUUGUAAAUAAAUAAUUAAGUCAAUAAAAGAUAGUGAAAGAGUAAAUUAAUAUGGAAUUAAAGAGGAUAGUUAUUUAACUGUUGAAUUAUUAGAAGGAAUCAAUUUUCCAGCUUAAAAUGUAUCAGUAAUUUUAAAAUUGGAAAAUUAAAAAUAAGAAAUUUAAUAACAAAAUGGACCAUCACCUUAAUGGAAUAAAAAUCUAAAUUUGUAUAUUAUUAUAUUAUUAUAGUAAAAUUUCAACUGGCUUAGAAGAAUUAUAAUUAUUUUUUUACACCAUUAAUCAUCCCAAUAUACCAUAAUUAUUAGGAACUGUAACUUUAUCUUUAUCACAUUUGACUAAUUAAACUAAAAUUGAAGAUUGCUGUCAAUUAUUUGAUAAAAAUGGAUAACAAACAUAAACUAAAAUUAAAUUAAGAUCAUAAUGGAUAUUUAAUGAUUCAAAAUCAUUAAGUUAAUAAAUUGAAGUUUGGAAUGAAUAAAUAAAAACAGCCUAAGAUGAUUUAAUUGAUUUUGAAAAAGAUUUAGCUACACUCUAUGAACCUUUUCCAAAUUAUGUUUAAUUAAUUCGUUGUAUAGAAAAAGAAGAUCUAGCUAUAAAUCAUUAACCUCCUAAUACUUUAGUAAUGACACCAAUAAAUAAUAUUAGUUCUUAAUAUGAUUACAAAUUAUAUACACGUUUAAGUAUAUUAAUUGUAAUGGGAAUUAGUGUAUUUAUUUGUUUUGGAAAAACUCAAUUUUUAGAUGUAAAUAAUUUAAUAAAAAUAGUUAAUUUUAUGUUUCUUUUUUAUUAUUGAAUUUGAAUUCAAUAGACUUUACAAAUAACGUUUAAUCUAUUAUUCUGUAGGUGUUGGCAUUUCAUUAUUAUGUGAUUUAGUAUGGGCAAUCAAAUAUUCAAGAGGAUUUUGGGGUAGUGAAGCUACUGAAACUGAUAAAUAUUAUGCAAUAGAAAAUGGACCCAAUAGAUUAGCCUUAAUUUUACUUUAUGUUUCUUUCAUAUUUAAAGUAUAUAAUAAUUAAUUAUGAUAGUUAAUUUUAUGUACACUUUUAGGAGCAUUAAGUUAGGAUAUGCCUGAAAAAUUAGAGGAAUAGUUGCCAAAGAACAAUAAAUAAAUAAAAUAAUAAUUGUUGUAUUAAAAAAAUAAGACUGCUUAAUUUGGUGAAGAUAAUAGCACAUUUUACAAUUAUUGAUUUGAUUUCUUUAUUAUUAAAAAAAAUGUAAUUUAAUUAUGAAAUACUAUAAGAAAUAUAUUAAAGUGGUAGAGUUAGAAUUGAGAAAGUGAGAUCAAUGUCAGACAAUUAGACAUAUAUUUAGAAAACAUACCUUUCUAAUAAAAAUGAAGGUAUAUGUUAAAAUGGAUUAUCAAAUAGGUUUGAAUGCUAUAAAGAUGUUGGCUUAAAUAAAAAAUUAGUUUUUAUUGUAAGUUAUUGAAUACAUGGAGAAUGAAGAAUAAUAAUUAGUAAUCAUUUAAGAAUAUUGUGAUUAAGGAGAUCUAAAAACAUUCACUUUAUAACAUAUCGGUUACAAAAUGCAAGAGAGUAUUAUAUGGUCACUCUUUCUUUAAAUGGCUUAUGCAUUAUUACAACUUAAUGAGUUAGGUAUACAACAUAGAGUUCUGUUACCAGAAAAUAUACUCUUAUUGGCAAGAACAGAGGGAUAUUAAAUUAGAAUAACUGAUUUUCAUAAAUCUUCUAGAUAGACAUUAUGUUAAUUGCCUUGUCCAGCAAUCUAUUUGCCACAUGAAUAUUUUUUUGAUGGUUAAUAUACAUAAAAGUCUCACAUUUGGUAGAUUGGACAUAUUCUAUAUUUUAUGGUUUCUUAGAAAUUACUAUUUCCAUAAUCUACUUAAGAAAACUAAAUUAAGGAAUAAUUACGUAGAGGAAGAAUUCAAAUAAAUAUUUCUGACUUUUACUCACCUGGUUUAGUAAAAUUAAUUAAUGUUUGUUUAACCAUAAGAGAAAAUUAGAGACCUAAUAUUCUUUAGAUUUUAAGAAUGAGAGAAGUAAAGGAAGCAAUAAAUAGACCUUAUUAUGAAUUUUCUUUAGAAUAAAAAAGACAUUUAAUGUAUUGGAUUAAUAGUUCAGAAACUACUAUUUCUUAUCCAGUUUAAUAUUCAUUUAAUGAAUUUGAUUUACAUUCACCAAAAUAAAUAUCAAAGGAAGUUGUAAUAAAAAAGAAUUUUUAAAAUUCUAAAUUACCAGAAAUAUUUUAAUAAAAAUAAAUAACAAAAAAAUCUUCUUCUGAAAAAAAAAUUGAAUCUGAAAAUUUAAAAACUGAAAUAAAAAGAAAAGAAGAUAUAUUUUUAUAAUAAUAACUUCUUACAUAAACUUAUACAAAUAAAUAUUUUGUUGGAAUUGUUAAACCUAUAAAUUAUCAUAAAAAAUAAUAAUAAUAAUAAUAAUAAAAUAAAAUUGAUGCACCACCUAGAUUCUCAAUACCUUAUGAAAAAUAAUUAGACUCUAUUUUUUAAAAUCUAUUAGAUAGUAAGAAGUAAUUAUGUAGCGAAUGGAUUGGAGAUUCAGAAUAUAUGUUUUUAAAAUCACAAAUAAAACUAAAUGUAAGAAAUUUUUAUUUAUUUUCUUAGAAAACUGAUAAAUUGAUGAACUAUAUGUAAUAUAGAUAUCCAAAAGUUAAUAGUAGUGUAAUAUUGAAAUAAAUUAAUGAUAUUGCUGAUUUAGAACAAUAAAGAUCUUAUAGCAAAACUAAAUAAUGA